AUGGCUCGCAGACUCUCCGCUACUGAGAAAGGCAAAGCGAUUGACUACUCACCAAGAAGCCCUCCUCGCAAAAGAAUCAAAGUCCAAGAAAUGGAUACAUCAGAUCUCAUCCAGGAAAACUCCCUCACUCUGAUAGGAAGACUUACCAACACCGUUGAACAACGAAUCUGGGCCAUGCUUCCCUUCCUACCAAAAAGAUGGAACCUGCAGGGGAAAACCAUAGGGUCAGACCUAGGACAUGGCUGUUUCCAGUACAGAUUCGACAACAAAGACGACUUAAAAAGAGUACUGGACAACAGACCGUACCAAUACGCUGGCUGGAUGGUCAUCAUUGAGAGAUGGGAGCCCAUUAUCUCCGCAGAUUUCCCCUCCCAAAUCCCCUUUUGGAUUGAGCUGAAGGGCCUACCCCUCCAUUACUGGAAACCAGAGCUAAUCUCCAGCAUCGGCAAGGAACUUGGCUACCUCGAUACCUUCACCAUCACCAAAACUUCGGCGAAGAUCCGCGUCACCAUCGAUGGUCUACAACCUAUCAUAAAGGAAACCAUCAUGGAGUUUACAGGAGGAAAAAAAGUGCUUGUAACCCUUUCCUAUGAAAAGCUGGGAAACCACUGCUCCAUAUGCCAACGCCUCACCCACUCUACUACCAACUGCCCAAACACGAGGAACAAGGCAAAGCGCAACGACUACCACACGACGUCUACCCAACCCAGUGACGCAAAGAAAAGCUUGGACAACAACCAAAAAGGGAGAGGAACACCUUACAAAUCUCGAACUGACAGACAUGGCAGAUCGUUUGGAGACCACCCUCUGAGCUCAAAGCCUCCAGAGAUGGAGAUACCUCCCAGAUAG